AUGAAGGGAAGAAUAAUGCUGUUAGUUUGCAAAGAGUUUCUGAAUUGACUGGAAAGAUUAUAAAAUUUUUCCAAGCUGACGUUCUUGAUUUACCCAAAUUAGAAGAACUUUUUACAAAGGAAAAAUUUCGUUCAAUUAUUCAUUGUGCUGCUUUAAAAUCUGUUGGGGAAUCUGUGGCCAAACCUUUGGACUAUUAUAACAACAAUAUUGUUGGCUCUCUUAAUUUAAUUAAGUGUUGUCAAAAAUUUAAUGUCAAAGAAUUCAUUUUCUCGAGUAGUGCAACUGUUUAUGGAGAACCAGAGUCUUUACCCUUAACUGAGGAAAGCCGUGUUGGUUUGGGAAUUACUAACCCUUAUGGACAAACUAAAUUUAUGGUUGAACGAAUUCUUAUGGAUUUGAAACGAGCUGAACAGGACUGGAAAAUUUCAAUUCUUCGUUACUUCAACCCUGUUGGGGCACAUCCAAGUGGAUUGAUUGGUGAAGAUCCUCAGGGAAUUCCAAACAAUUUGAUGCCUUACAUCGCAAAAGUAGCUGUUGGAAAGUUGCCUCAUUUAAAUAUUUUUGGAACAAAUUAUAACACUCCUGAUGGUACUGGAGUUCGUGAUUAUAUUCACAUUGUUGAUUUGGCUAAGGCUCACGUUUCUGCACUAGAUAAUAUUGGCAAAGAUAUACCAAAAGGAAGUAAUGGAGAAGAAUUGGCAGAAAUUUACAAUUUGGGAACUGGAAAGGGAUAUUCUGUCAAAGAAAUGGUUGCUGCUUUAGAGAAGGCGUCAGGGAAAAAGUUAGCAGUAAAAGAAGUAGAGCCUCGCCCUGGAGAUUUGGCUAUUUUAUAUUGUGAUCCUUCUUUGGCACUCAAAAAACUUGGAUGGAAAGCGGAAUAUGGAAUAGACGAAAUGUGCAGGGACACUUGGAAUUGGUGUGUUAAAAAUCCUGAUGGAUUUGCCAAAAAGGCAGAAUGA